AGGGAGCGGACGGAGGGAGCAGGCAUAGUAGGGGACCGACGCUACGCUUGCCAGUUUUGCAUGUCAGGAGCGCAGGAUCCUGUCGCCGGUCAUCGGCUGUUUCCCAUCCUUUGUCUCUCUUUGGUUAUUCCAGAUUAAUCGGAGGCAUGUGGAAUUGCGCACGGAUAACGAAUUGGCUUUCGGUUGCGUGCCUUGUGUUAACGAUAUGGACGAAGGUGUCCCGGUCCUCCGGCUAUUUCGAGCUGCAGCUCUUAACCGUAGAGAACAUUAACGGCGAACUGUACGACGGGGAUUGCUGCGACGGCGCGCGGAACUCUCAGGAUCAGCGCUGCACCCGGGACGAGUGCGAUACUUACUUCAAAGUCUGCCUCAAGGAGUACCAGACUGAAAUCACGACCGCCGGCCAGUGCAGUUUCGGUGCUGGAUCUACCGGCGUCCUUGGUGGAAAUAUAUUCUCUUUUAAAAGCGCAAAGGCGAACCCCAACAAAGUCAGCGACGUUGGGAAGAUCGUGAUACCCUUUCAGUUCGCAUGGCCGCGGUCUUACACACUUAUAGUGGAAGCUUGGGACUGGGACAACGGCACGCAGCACAGUGAGGAUCUGCUGAUCGAGCGCCACGCCCACACAGGCAUAACGAGCCCCGGGGAUCACUGGCAGGUCUUCUCGCACCCUGGCGCCACCGCGCGCUUCGAGUACCGCAUCCGGGUCAGGUGCGACGAGAACUACUACGGCAGCAAGUGCAACAAGCAGUGCCGGCCGCGCGACGACUACUUCGGCCACUACCGCUGCGAUCCCUCCGGGAACGUCGUCUGCCUGGAGGGCUGGAUGGGGCAGGACUGCCGGACUGCGAUCUGCAAGCAGGGCUGUAAUCUGAUUCACGGAGGCUGCUCCAAGCCUGGCGAGUGCACGUGCAAUUAUGGCUGGCAGGGGCAGUUCUGUGACGAGUGCCUGCCCUACCCAGGCUGCGUGCACGGGACCUGCGACGUGCCGUGGCAGUGCAACUGCGAGAAGAACUGGGGCGGCCUGCUGUGCGAUAAAGAUCUGAACUACUGUGGUACCCACCACCCCUGUGUGAACGGGGGCACCUGCAUGAACUCGGAGCCCAACGAGUACAACUGCGCCUGUCCCGAGGGCUACUCCGGCAAAAAUUGCGAGAUAGCUGAGCAUGCCUGUGUGUCCAACCCGUGUGCCAACGGUGGCACCUGUCACGAAGUUUCUUCCGGCUUCGAGUGCCAGUGUCCACCAGGCUGGGAGGGCCCCACCUGUGCUAAAGACCUGGACGAAUGUGCCUCGAGCCCUUGUGCCCAGGGUGGGACGUGUAUAGACCUGGAGAAUGGUUUCGAGUGCCUCUGCCCUCCACAGUGGGCGGGGAAGACCUGCAAAAUCGAUGUGAAUGAGUGUUUGGGGAAGCCUUGCAUAAAUGCUUACUCUUGCAAAAACAUGAUUGGUGGAUAUCACUGUGACUGCUUUGAAGGAUGGGCCGGACAAAACUGUGACAUCAACGUAAAUGGCUGCCACGGACAGUGCCAGAACGGCGCAACGUGCAAGGAAGGGCCACGGGGAGCGUACCACUGCCAGUGCGCGCCAGGCUUCGUCGGCGCCCACUGCGAGAUGCAGAGGGACAAAUGCGCCAGCAGCCCGUGCCGGAACGGCGGCCGGUGCCACACGGUGCUGGACGGCUUUGUGUGCGAGUGCCCGUCCAUCUACGCCGGGCUGCUUUGCGAGGUGCAAAGUGUCUCAAAGUCGAACCCUUGUGAACCCAACCCGUGCAAGAACGAGGCGUCCUGUCACAGCCUGCUGGGCGACUUCUACUGUGCCUGUCCUGAAGACUUUGAGGGCAAGACCUGCGCCGACCGCAAGGACCACUGCAGGACGGCCCCGUGCCAAGUGAUUGACAGCUGCACAAUUGCCGUGGCGACUAACGACUCGGACGGCGCGGUGAGGCGCAUCUCGUCCAACGUGUGCGGCCCCCACGGUCACUGCGUCAGCCAGCCCACCGGCAACUUCACCUGCACCUGCGACGCCGGCUACACGGGCGCCUACUGCCACGAGAACGUGAACGAUUGCGUGAGCAGCCCGUGUCGGAACGCCGGCACCUGCAUCGACGGCGUCACCUCCUUCCAGUGCUUCUGUCCCGACGGCUGGGAGGGCAACCUCUGUGAUCUCAACGUUAACGAGUGCAGCAGGAACCCCUGCAAGAACGGCGGCCACUGCCACGACCUGGUCAACGACUUCUACUGCGAGUGCACCGACGGCUGGAAAGGAAAGACGUGCCACUCGCGUGAAAGCCAGUGUGACGCCGGCACGUGCGCCAACGGCGGCACCUGCUACGACCACGGCGACGCCUUCCGCUGCGCCUGCCCGCCCGGCUGGGCCGGCAACACCUGCAACACGGCGCGGAACAGCACCUGCGCCUCCGGCCCCUGCGCUAACGGGGGGACGUGCGUGGGCGGCGGGGACGCGUUCACCUGCAUCUGUAAAGACGGCUGGGAGGGACCCGUCUGUGCCCAGAACAUCAACGACUGCAACCCUCACCCUUGCUACAACGGCGGGAUCUGCGUGGACGGCGUGAACUGGUUCCGGUGUGAGUGCGCCCCAGGCUUCGCCGGGCCCGACUGCCGCAUCAACAUCGACGAGUGCCAGUCGUCGCCCUGCGCGUACGGCGCCACGUGCGUGGAUGAGAUCAACGGCUUCCGCUGCAUCUGUCCGCUCGGCCGCUCCGGACCUCGAUGCCAGGAGUUCAUAGGCAUCGGGAAGGUGUGUCACUACAACGGCCUGCAGUUCCCUCACGGCAGCCGUUGGGAUGAGGACUGCAACAGCUGCCAGUGCGCCAACGGCAAAGUGGAGUGCACCAAGGUGGUGUGUGGUCGGCGGCCGUGCCUGCUGCCGGGAGCCCCGGGGCGAGAGCACUACCCCUGCCCCGGGGGUCGCGAGUGUCUGAGCCACGACUUCCUCACAUGCCUCUCCCCACCCUGCCACCACUGGGGCUUCUGCUCGAGCCCCGAAACCGUCCCGGCCGUCCACACCAAGUGCGAGCCCAACACGGGUUACCUAGACAACAGCUGUGCCCGCAUCACUCUCAUCUUCAGCCGGGAGAAGCUGCCCACGGGCACGACGGUCCAGGUCGUCUGCUCCGAGCUGAGGUACCUGUCCGCCAUGCGCAACCUCGCCAGAGACGACGCCCUGCUGGUCCUGUGUGACCUCUCCUACACCAGCCAGGACGCGGUCGAGGUGGCCAUCUCGCUCCAACAGCACGAGCAGCCGGACCACAGCCGCAUCCAGGAGGCGGCGAGCACCAUCGUCGGCGCGCUGUCCAAGCGCCACAACAGCACAGUCCUGCUGGCCGUCAUCGAGGUCAAAGUGGAGACGCGGGUCAUGCCCCAGUCCGUCGGUUACCUGGUGACGCUGCUCUGCGUGCUCUUCUCCGCCCUCUGGUUCUUCUGCGUGAUCGUCUGCGUGUGGUGGACGCGCAAGCGGCGAAAAGAGCGGGAGAGGCAGGAGCGCGUGUCGGCGGAAGAGAGCGUCAACAACCAGUGGGAGCCCCUCCGCAUCGUCGCGCGGCCGCAGCACAAGAACAACCGCCACGCAGAGUACGAGCGCGCCAAGCUCAUGGGCCCGGCCGAGCGUGCCCGCGAUGCCGCCGACGGUGAGGAGGAGGAGGAGGAGGAAGAGGAGCUGGAGCUGGCCGAGGGCGGCAAGCGGCCCGUGCAGAAGUACUCGAAGGCGACGGUGCGGGUGAGCAGCGAGCGCGUCUGCACCACGCGCAGCGGCGUGCCGCUCAAAGCGCCCCACCGGACGCCCACCAGUCCCAAGGACAACCGCUGUAAGAACAUCAACAGCACCCCUGCUGGCCAAGACCCCAAAGAGCUGUGUGUAUAGACGCUGCCAGGCCGGGGCGCGCAGAGACAGGCUCUGUCGAAGACACACAGGCUUUCGAGUUCGAGAGAGAGACUGACAACGUUCAUUUGGUCCCCACUCUGUUUUUGUAUUUGUUUUUGUUUUUGUUUCAUCGCUUUGUAUUUCCCAUGCAGAGAUGUUGCAAAUCUGGACAGUAAAGUGGACAAUUUUUGUUUUCCCCCCUAAUGAUGCAUUAUUUUUUUAUGUACAUAUGAAGCAGAUUUGUUUUAGUUUUUAAGAAAAGGCAAAGAUGGCCCAUGUUGUUUUCUUUUAUUUUUAAUGGCGGGGAAGAAACACUCAGUAGAAGAAAAAUCUAAACUGUAUAAAGAUGUUUGUUUACAGAUUGUGGUUUUGUUUUGUGGCGAGUGGCCUGCGUUUGGUCCAGACGUCGGAUGGGGCAGCCAGCGAGGUGCCCUGGCACCGUGGGCACAAGUCGGAAAUGUCUCCGCGUUUCUCCCUCCAUAUCUGCCUUACCGAGCUCGCGGGUCAGGGUCCACGGAGUGUUUCCUGCCGUGUCUGUUGUCUUGGCUGAACGCUCUUUAAAAAGCAAAACGAAAAAAAUGACACGGGGGGUGGAAAAAGGAUUGCAGUAUUUUGAGUUGGUAGCAAGUGCCUUCUGACGAGCCGUAUGUUUCUGUCUCGCUGCCGAGGUCGAUCACGAUAGAUCACUACAAACAAGGGAGGGUUCGAAUCCGAGCAACUCCCGCUUCUCCACCGAGGUAUUUGAUCAAAGAAAGACAAGAAGUCUGUAAAUAUAUGUAUAUAGUAAAGGAGUCGCUGUGUAUAUGUGAAUUUAGUAAAUUAAGACAAGUCACUUUUUUAUUACUAUUAUAAUUAUGACUGAAAUAUAUUUUUCUUUUUUUUGUUUACAACGCCAUUCCUUUUAUUUAUGCCAGUUGACAUGGGCAGGUUUUAUAAGUAUACAGCGUCCCGCAGACAGAACAGUAAUCAACGGUCAUCCUAUUUUUGUUUGCUUUUCACUUUAAAAGGCGAGUAGUUCUUUAAGAUUGUGUGGUGCAUCAUGGCGUGUGUUUUGCCUCCAUAAAAAGGAGAGAAAUUGCCCCUUUACGACGUCUGUCCUUCCUUACUGUCAUAGAAUGUUCUGGAAACCUGUGGAAGCUCCCGAGGUGCGUCUCCGCCCACUGGGCCACACGUGCCUCACUGGUUAGGACAUGGGUCUCGUGACGUGAAACCAUGUUCUAGCUGCUCUGUCCUGCUUUUCUGGUCAAGGCUUCAUGAAGGGAACAAUUUUAGUUGUAAAGCAUUUGUUUUCGAGGUACCAACUCUGAACAUAAAUGGAUUACCUCAGAAGUGGCUCAACUAUCAUUUUUGGUUUUCAUGGAUGGCUCCUGACCUCCAUAUCGGAGAGGAUGCAAAAAUAAAAGAAUUUGAAUAUUAUCCUGAAUUAAUCUGAACAGUUGGUAAAACAAAAUAAUACCUAAAGCUGGAUGUGCAUUGUGGGGAAGGAAUGGGGUCAGAGAAACUUAAAAAAAAAAAAAAAAAAUGUAAUUUCUUUUUUUUCUUUUUUUUUUUCUUUUUUUGUACAGAAGAAUUGCUCUGCAAGUUUUGGUUCAUUUAGUGGAAUUUAUGUUUGUUCUUAGAAAUAAAUCAAACUAUUUAUUAAAGCAUUUUAUAACAAUA